GUUAUCUGUUUACUAUCUGUUAGCAAUGUUUGGGUUACUGAGCCGAAAUUCUCUGCGAAGCAGUCGACAUAUUCUCCUGAGAAGAAACUUUUCAUCCAUCGAAGAGCUGAAGAAGACAUCUCUGUAUGAUUUCCACCUAGAAAAAGGUGGCAAAAUGGUGGACUUUGCUGGAUGGGCACUUCCGGUUUCCUACCCGGACUUAUCUCAUGUGGAGUCACAUCUCCAUACAAGGAAGGGUGUUAGCAUAUUCGAUGUCAGCCACAUGCUACAGCUUCACAUCCACGGAAAAGAUAGGAUAAAGUUUAUUGAAUCCAUUCUUGUGGCUGAUGUGGAGUCACUGGCAUUAGAUACCGGCACACUCUCUCUGAUGACUAACGAGGAAGGUGGUAUUAUUGACGACUGUAUUGUUCACAAAUCUUCUGCUGGUUUUCUUAACCUAGUCUGUAAUGCUGGCUGCGCUGAGAAAGACUUCGCUCAUAUCAGUGAGCGAAGAGAUGCAGCGGUCAGGUCGGGGCUGGAUAUCACAGUGGAGGUGAAACCACAGCAUAGCCUCAUUGCAGUACAGGGACCGAAGGUGGCGUCAUUUCUACAACAAGGAAUAAAAGAAGAUUUGUCUGAGCUGUAUUUUAACCACACAGCGUUAGUUGACGUGUGGGGAAUACCUUGCCGGGUUACCCGGUGCGGGUAUACCGGCGAGGACGGCGUAGAGAUCUCAGUGCCAGAUGACGCUGCAGUGGAGUUGGUGGAGAGACUGAUGAGUGUGAGUGACGAGGUGAAACUAGCUGGUCUUGGUGCUAGAGACAGCUUGAGACUGGAGGCUGGUCUCUGUCUUUAUGGUAACGAUAUUAAUGAGACCACUACACCUGUGGAGGGAGCUCUGAUGUGGACGAUCAGUAAAAGACGCCGAGCGGCAAGGGACUUCCCUGGUGCUGAAAAGAUCAUGGGACAGUUCAUUGCGAAGCCUAAAACGGGAAAAAGAAGAGUAGGUCUGGUGGUAGAAAGAGCACCUGCUCGGCCCGGCUAUCCUGUUCUCAACUUGGAGGGAGAAACUAUCGGUGAAGUGACGAGUGGAUCCCCCUCGCCGUGUAGUGGACUGAACAUCGCAAUGGCUUACGUGGACAGCAAGUACAUAAAGAACGGCACCCCUUUACUUGUUCAAGUUAGGAAGAGGGUGUUUCCCGCCACUAAAGUAACCAUGCCCUUCGUACCUACUCAAUACUACAAUCCACCUAAAUGACGUGUUUUACAGUAAACUAAUUGGAUAUUAGCCUUCUUGCAAUUAAUAAAGUUGUAUUUAGGGUAGUUGUUUUACAUAAAUUUUGAAGCAUUUGGAUUAUUUCGUUACAUUAGAUUUUGCGUAACUUUAGUGAGAUUAACUCUAUGAGAGACUCUCCAAAUUUAUCUCAUUCAUAUUCCAGAGUUAUGAGACUCAUUCUUCUUUCAUUGCCCUUUUGAAAGCCUAACCAUUCUUGUCAAUAUUUGUGUUAUUCCACGCUAACUACUCCAUGAUGAGUUUCGAUGUCAGGUUAUUCCGUUGCAGCGUAGCCAACUUACUGCAACAGUUGGAAAUUAAAGAUAUCGUUUGAAUGAUAAAUUUCAAGUUGAAAUUGAGAUAUUAUAUACUCGUGGUGUUGAUACUUAACUCAUAAGUUGUUUCUUGUUUAUGCACUCAUAAUUAAUACCAUCAGAACUAUUUUCGAAUUUUAAAAUGAUUCUAAGGUUUUUUUACACAUUUUUAAGAU